AUGAUGACCCGCAAACUCCGGGUUUUGAUCGUGUCGAGUCUCGUUAUUGCCACACUUUGGUAUUUGUCUGGAGGGACCGGAUUACGAGAGUAUCACCCACCUAAAGCUCUACCGGGGACAUAUCAUCGCAAUGCAACCGAGCACAUCCACUUCUGGCGUCAAUUCCAAACACUAUUGAUGGAACACGAACCAAAAUGCGCCCCGCCGCGACGACUCGGAAAUGCGCCAUCAUCCGGCUUCAAGGCUUCGGACCCAGAUCCCCGACCGAAACUCCUGAAGAUGACUACCAGUGACGUUUUGCGCAUGAAGAAGGCGCACAUCGAGUUUGUCGACGCCAUUACCACCGAUCCGCCACAGCUGGCCUACACUCCUGGUACAAGGGGCAUUGUUACUACCGCGGGAGGAGCAUAUCUCCCGGUUUUGGUGAUCUCGUUACGAAUGUUGCGCCGCACAGGCUCACACUUGCCAAUGGAGGUCUUUUUGGCCACACGCGACGAGUACGAGGAGUAUAUUUGCGACACUGUUUUGCCUUCGCUGGGUGCAAAGUGCACCGUGCUGUCGGAUGUUCUCGAUGCAAUUCCCAAAAGCAACAAAAUCCAGAAAUACCAGCUGAAACCAUUCGCCAUGAUAUUCUCUUCCUUUGAAGAGAUCCUGUUUCUGGACGCAGAUGCUUUCCCAAUCGUCAAGCCGGAGUUGCUUUUCGAGAAAGCUCCCUUCAAAAAUACCAAAUUCGUCACCUGGCCCGACUUCUGGGCUUCCACCGCCUCUCCGUUCUACUACGAGAUCUCCUCGCAGCAGGUUCCUCCCAUGGAAUCUCGACAAUCGACCGAGUCCGGCGAAGUAGUCAUCUCGAAGAAAACGCACCUACGGACUCUUCUGCUCGCAACUUACUACAACUUCUGGGGACCCACCCACUACUAUCGUCUCUUCACCCAGGGCGCUGCAGGCGAAGGCGACAAGGAAACAUUCAUCGCAGCAGCAACGGCGCUGGGUGAGCCAUUUUACCAAGUCAGUGAGCGUAUUUGUGCCAUGGGCCACAGGACGGCAUCUGGGCUUGCCGGAUCUGCAAUGGCUCAGUUUGAUCCAAUCGAGGAUUACAAACUCACCCAGCAAGGGGAGUGGCGCGUGAAUGGGUCAGAGGCGACCCAGCCCCGUCCGUUUUUCAUCCACGCCAAUUUCCCUAAAUUCAACCCUGCAACGGUGUUCCAGCAGCAGAGUGUCAAUCCGGCUUUCCUCGACGAUGGCAAUUAUACCCGUGCUUGGACUAUCCCGGAAGAAAUGAUUGAAGCAUUCCCUGUCGAUGUCGAGAAACAGUUCUGGGCGGAUAUUCUGUGGACGGGGUGUGAGUUGGAGACGACAUUUGAGAGCUGGGAGAAUAAGACGGGUAUUUGCAAUGGGGUGAGGAAAUACUGGAAGGCUAUGUUUGGUCCGGAGGAUCCCGCUACUGUAUAG